GAGGAAUUGAGUCUUAGUGGGGAGGUGGCUGCUCAGGAGCCCGAAUUGCUGAUCUCCAAGCCACUGAUGGAGAAGAAGCGACGGGCACGCAUCAAUGUGUCCCUGGAGCAGCUGAAGUCGUUGCUGGAGAAACACUACUCACACCAGAUCCGGAAACGCAAGUUGGAGAAGGCAGAUAUACUGGAGCUGAGCGUCAAGUACAUGAAAAGCCUUCAGAACUCGGUGCAAGGGCUCUGGUCGGUCCCCAGCGGAGCUGAGUUCCCGUCGGGCUUCCGCAGCUGUCUGCCCGGCGUUAGCCAGCUUCUGCGGCGCCGAGAGGAGGGAGGCGGUGGCCUGCGCUGCCCCCUGGCGCACGAGCGCGCAGGAGGCAGCACCAUGGACAGCGCCGGCCCGAGCCCGAAGGCACCCGCCCCGCUCGGCCCCUGCGCCCCUGCCAUUUGGGCUCCUGCUCCGGCCACCGGCGGCUCGCCCUCCCCGCCACCCCUGCUCCUCUUCCCUGGAGGUCUCCCCGGCCCGUCCUCCAGCGUCCCGGGGCCGCAGCCGGCGCCUCGCCGCUGCACCGAGAGCCCGGGGCCGGGUCUGGGCGUUUGGCGGCCCUGGUGA